UUUUAGUUCUUUUCGUUCUUGUUUCUCAGAUCUGUAUGUUCUUGAUUUGUUUCUAUAUAUGUGUUUGUUUGCGUUUUGAAUUACUGGAAAUUUACCAACUCUGUUUAUGUUUCUUGACUCUUUAUCUCUUCUCUUUAGUUUAUGAUUAUUCUCUAGAUUUGAAAACAUUUCUUGAUAUUUUGUCUCUAUCUUUGAUCAGUGACUAGAUAUUGAAACAGGAUUGUUUGUUUCUAAUAUGUUUUCUUCGAUCCAAAUUCAGCCAAUAAAGAUGAUUUAGGAGAAUUUGUCAAGAUUCUGUGAUCUACUUAUAAAUAAACCAAAGAGUACUGUAGAAACAUGAACAUAAUGAUGUAAUAAUUUUCUAUCUUUAGAUGAAGUUACUAAGUGGUAAUUUUACUUUCAGCAAAAUGGAGAAUCUACCUCCUGGUUACCGUCCCAAUGUUGGUGUUUGUCUAAUCAACUCGGAUAAUCUGAUAUUUGUAGCUUCGAGAUUGAAUGUUCCUGGAGCAUGGCAGAUGCCACAGGGAGGCAUUGAAGAUGGGGAGGAUCCAAUGUCAGCAGCCAUGAGAGAGUUACAAGAAGAAACUGGGGUUGUUUCAGCUGAAAUCGUCUCUGAGGUCCCAAAUUGGUUGACAUAUGAUUUCCCACCUGCAGUAAAAGCAAAGGUUAACCGACUCUGGGGUGGUGAAUGGCAUGGUCAAGCACAGAAAUGGUUUUUAGUGAGACUGAGAAACGAUGAGGACGAAAGAGAGAUCAAUCUAGCAAACAACGAAGCGGAUUCAGAGUUUGCGGAGUGGAAAUGGGCGAAACCGGAAGAAGUGGUAGAGCAAGCAGUGGAUUACAAAAGGCCAACCUACGAAGAAGUCAUCAAGACUUUUGGUUCCUUCUUGAACGAUACAGGAAGAGCUGCUAAAUGUAAAUCAGCCAAGUGGUAAUAUAUAAGAAACACAACAUCAAUGUUUGUCUUUUUAUAAUUUUUGUAACUGUUGUUUUAUCUUUCUUUGGAGGGUUCUUUUUAGUAGAACCCUCUAGGGGUUUCUCUAGGGGUUUCUUUUACUUUUCAUUUUUGUAAAUUGGUUGGUUAUUGGUACUAGAAGGUUUUGGUUUUUUCUUUUUUUAACAUGGGGUCAUUGUAAUAAAAUCUUUGUUUGGAUUCACAGAGAAAUGACUUGUGUAUGUGUUUAUAUAA